UCAAGUUCAAGGUCAGCAUAGGCUACAUAAUAAAUAGUGAGAUCAAGGCCAGCCUGGAUUACAUAGACCCUCUCUCACCACCACCCCCAUAAAAUAAAUAAGUAGUCAAGGGGGACCUCAUUGAGGCAUUUGAGCAAUAACUUGGAGAUGACUUAGCUUUGUGGGAAUUUGAGGGCAGAAUGUCCCAGGCAGAGGGGCCAGACCAUCAAAGGCUCUGAGGCAGCUGUGAGCCUACCAUGUUCCCAGAACAGCAAGAGGGCCAGACUGAUUGGGAUGGAGUGAGAGAGAACAAGGGAUGUUAGAUCAUAGGACCUUGUACUACAUUGAAGGCUUUGCUUUUUACUGGAAAGGAAAUGGACAGCCACUGGAGGGUUCUGAGCCGAGGAAGGACAUAAGUGAAGCUUUAGAAGGCCCAGUCUGGCUUCUGGGCUUCUGCUACCAGUGCCAGAGCCAGGUGCCACCACGUAGUGGGCAUUGCUCUGCCUGCCGCGUCUGCAUCCUGCGUCGAGAUCACCACUGCCGCCUCUUGGGUCGCUGUGUGGGCUUUCACAACUACCGGCACUUCCUGUGCCUGCUGCUCCAUGCCACCGGUGUCCUGCUCCACGUCUCUGUGCUUCUGGGCCCCGCCCUGUCUGCCCUGCUGCAGUCCCACACGCCCCUCCACACUGCUGCCCUCCUCCUGCUACCCUGGCUCAUGCUGCUCACAGGCCAAGUGUCUCUGGCUCAGUUUGCACUGGCCUUCGUGAUGGAUACGUGUGUGGCAGGUGCACUGCUGUGCGGGGCUGGGCUGCUGUUCCAUGGGACACUGCUAUUGCGGGGCCAGACAACGUGGGAGUGGGCUCGGGGCCAGCACUGCUAUGACCUGGGCACCCGCCACAACCUGCAGGCGGCCCUGGGGCCCCGCUGGGCCCUCAUCUGGCUCUGGCCCUUCCUGGCUUCCCCUUUGCCUGGGGAUGGGAUUACUUUCCAGACCACAGCUGAUGUGGGACUCUUGGCUUCCUUAGCCAAAGCUAAAUAGGACAGAGAGGAGAUGGAGGGUGGGUGUGGGGGGUGGGGUGGGGAGUAUUAACAUGUUUCCAGCCCCACCUUCAGGCACAGGAGGGAGGCCAGGUUAUCCCUUAAUGCCUGCAGUGGGGAAUUCCAGACCAUCCUUGCCCCUGCCCAGGUUCCAGUUUGGGCUCAGGUCUUGUGAUUGUGCCUCUCUUGGCUGAUUACAGAAGAGAGUCUGGCAAGGGGCUGCUUGGCUGUCCCUCUGCCAGGCUAAAAAAGUGACCAUUUGGUCCUUGGCUUCCCUCUGCUCUUUACUAGGUUUCUGGUCCUUGUUUUGUUGCCUUGGCUGCUGCUUUUUUUUUUUUUUUUUUUUUUGGUACCAGGGAUUGAAUUUGGGAUCUAGUGCUUUUGAGGCAGGCAGCAAAACCACUGAGCUAGAUCCCCAGCCCUUGGCUGCUGUUUCUGGUUUCUGUACUAGGCCUGCAAACCACAGAAUGAAGGACCAGAGCUGUGCCUCCUCUGGCUCUGGAAGGGGAAUGGGAUGCAGGCAGUGAAAAUCCAGACAUGCUUUACAGUACCAGUCUUUAUGACAGGAAGCAUUUCUGCAACAUUCUAAGAGCAUCUAUGUUUGGAAACUCUCUUAGCUACUGUUAUACAUUGGUGGCAAGUAUGCUUAUUUGGUGAAUGAAAAAUGUAAAGCUGGAGGAACUGAUGUGCUAAGGUCAUGGGAUAAUAAACAGGAGGAAGGAUUUGAACUCGGGUUUUUGUGCUUUCCCCUCACCGUGCACAGUUGGUGAGGAAAGGAAGCAGGAAAAGAAUCAGAGCAAAGCAGCCAGCUGGGACUGCAAAGAGGAUGGCUGUACCCCUCUGUGGCUCUUUGGAGUUGUGUGUUCCACCUUUUUAUGUAAAUAUAGCAAACAGCAGGCUUCAACCCACAAGUUUAUCUCUGCUCUCUGAGCCUCUCUCAAGUGAUAGUAAAGAAACAAAAGAGAUACAAAUUUGCAAGGGGCAGGAAGACAAGAGACAGCAGUAAAUCAAGGAGCUUGACAGACCAGGCUGGCCUCAAACUCCACAGUUCUGCCUCAGCCUCCCAAGUGCUGGCAUUAGAGGCGUGUGCUACCCUACCUGGCUCUUGACAAUGUAUUGAAAGAUAGAAGAUGGUUAGAGGGCUGUUCAUCGUUUAGCAGAGAAUUAGAAAUUGAAUAGCAUGUUCUCAGAGGGAGGGGCUGAGAGGCAAGCAGAAUUGCCCCCUGGAGAGGCUCAGGAAUUCCACCAGCAGGGUAGGCAGGUGGGGCGUGGGGCCAGCAGUGGGGACAGAUGGACAGUGGCUAAGGAGCUGUUCGCUGCACUUCCCCUAAGCAGGCAAGCAGCUAUCCCUGUGGGUUGGGUGGAGUUACUGGAAGAGAACUGAGUCAGAGCUCAGGGUCUUGAGGGAAAUGGGGAAGGUGGGGAUGAGGGGCUGGACCAAAAAUGAGGUUGAAUGAAAGAGCAUAGAUAAUGCUGGGGUGCUUGUGUACCCCUAGAAUUCUUAGAGUAACUCACCCUCUGACACGCUCUGCCCAUACCACACGGGUGACUGUUUCCUCCAAUCAGCAUGCACUA